CCUAGUGUCGCCGUUUUGGUGUUUCAUUGUGAGUUUUGAAAGGUGUUUAUUUGUUAGGCGCGACGCCACAGUUUGUGCAGGAGGCAGAGAUACAAAAGCAGGGCGUCAGAAGCAGUCAUUAUAGAUGGCGGGCGCUCGGCUAAGCCCAGCUGUCAUCAAUCGACUAGCCAAGGAACUUCGAGAGCUUCAGCUUAAGCCGGAAGAGGGCAUCAAGGUCACCUUCAACGAGGAAAAAUUGAGCGAUGUUUUUGCAGAGUAUGAAGGACCAGUGGGCACGCCAUACGAGGGUGGCGUCUUCAGGAUGAAGCUAGUACUGGGAGCAGAUUUCCCUAGCGCUCCUCCCAAAGGCUGGUUCCUGACCAAGCUGUUCCAUCCGAACGUCUCCAAGGAGGGCGACAUCUGCGUGAACGUGCUCAAGCGAGACUGGAAGGAGGACAUGGGCCUGCGGCAUGUUUUGGUGAUUGUGCGCUGCCUGCUCAUAGAGCCCUUCCCCGAGUCCGCCCUGAAUGAGGAGGCCGGCAAGUUGCUGCUGGAGAACUAUGAGGACUUCGCCAAGCAUGCGCGCCUCAUGACCUCCAUUCAUGCACAGCCUGCCAAGCGGCCAAUGCCGCUCACAGCGACAGGGGGCGCAAAUGCGGUGAACAGUCAGGAUGAGAGCGCGGCCGAGAAGGGCAGUCCUGGGAACGACAGCUCCCUACCAAUCGUCAAGAAGCCCAAGGGAGUCGAGAAGAGCAAGGCGCAGAUGGCCAAGAAGAAAUCCCUGCGGCGUUUAUAGCCCUGGAGGCCCCCGGUGUGCCUGGGAGUGGAGCGGUCACUGCAGUGCUCCUGGGGAGUUUCCUCUUCUGUGGGCUUUGUCGCACUUCUGUGCGGCAGUCCCACUUCAAGUCUUAGUAUGAGGGCCUGGCAACGGCAGCUUGGUCAGUGUCCUAAUGACAGCAGACUUGAGGCCCAUCUGGCUGCCACCAGUGCAUGUGCAGCACUGCAUGAGCACAGGGUCCUGAACAUACUCCUCUGAACAUUGAACACGUCGGAACUCAACAGUCAUCACGUCAGUGGUAGGAAGUAGGACAGCUGAUGGAAGACACCGGAAAUUGAUGGAAUUGUGUGCGUUGUUUGCUUUAAUUCGCUCGAGGCUGUGGGAGGGCAGUCCUUGUAGAGCCUUUUGAAGUUGCCGUCCUGAGAGCUCGGUUGCCACUGUUGAUAUGUUUGAGUAAGGGGUCAUGUGCUGUCCCAGAAGGGCUGAAGCUUGCAUCCGAUAUUCACAGCUGCCCUUGCGACUGGGAUGUCCCCGCUGGCUGCUACUGAGGCACUGCAGAAGUGAUAAGGACUUGUUGGAUGGUGUGUGAUCAAGGUCAGUAGUUUCUGGAUUAUGCAGUGCCGCACAUAACAUUAGCUGACCACUGUACAUCUGUAAAUAGCCGAAUUGAUCAG